CGGCCCCUUCCCAGCAGCAGUGAUUACACAAAUGGACCACCGGGCUCUGCUCCAGCAGGCCUGAUGGAGGCGUGAAAGGGCAGAGGACCCUUUCCUGCCCCAGGCGGGCGGGAGGGAGCGUAGCUCUUCGCCGUGACCUUGGUCACCCUCCUGCAUUAGUUCCGCGCCCUGGCUGUUUAGCAGGCUGUCUCUAUGGCUACCGGAAUAAACAGCAGAUAAUAGCGCUGCAGCCUCCAAGCAGCACUGCAGUCUGGAGACCAGGAGGGAGCAGGGCUUCUCCGGGUAGCCUGCCACAGCUCACCAGAGGCACUUCAGGCGGUCAGCAUGGCUGGAAGCACUGACGUGGCAGCGCUGGAAGAGAGCUUCCGGAAGUUUGCAAUCUAUGGAGACACCAAAGCUACAGGGCAAGAAAUGACUGGGAAAAACUGGGCCAAACUGUGCAAGGAGUGUAAAGUAAUGGACGGCAAAGGGGUCACUGGCACAGAUGUGGACAUCGUCUUCUCCAAAGUGAAAGGGAAGACAGCCAGAGUCAUUGGUUACGAGGAAUUCAAAAAGGCCCUAGAGGAGCUGGCCCCAAAGAGGUUUAAGGGCAAGAGCAAGGAGGAAGCGUACGAAUCCAUCUGCCAGCUGGUGGCAGGGAAGGAACCGACCAACGUAGGCGUCACUAAAGCCGCGACCGGCGGGGCGGUGGACAGGCUGACGGACACCACCAAGUACACGGGCUCGCACAAGGAGCGCUUCGAUGAGAGUGGCAAGGGCAAAGGGAAGAGCGGGCGGGAGAACAUUGUAGACACCAGCGGCUACGUGGGGGCCUACAAGAAUGCCGGCACCUACGACGCAAAAGUGAAGAAAUAAGGAGAACUGGAAGUGCCACCGACCCUCCCAGGCCCAGGCACCCCACAGCCUCUAGGCCUUCAAUCACAUCAGCCUUGGGAACUGGCCUGAAUGGCACAGGCCUCCUGAGACCGUGCUGGGCCCAGCUCCUAGCCACGGAGCCAUGGCUGAUAGGCCUCCUGUCACCAAGGGCUGAUGUGAUUAGAAACGGACCUGGCCUUGCACUUUGCUCCCAACAUUACAUCAACUCCAGAUGUGUUGUGAGCCGUGUCCCUCCUGCUAGCGCUAACGAAACCUUCUCCCCGUGCGCCCCCAGGGCACCACACCCCUCCUGCAAGCGCCAACCAGACCUUCUCCCCGUGCGCCCCCAGGGCACCACACCCCUCCUGCUAGCGCCAACCAGACCUUCUCCCCGUGUGCCCCCGGGCACCACACCCCUCCUGCUAAUGCCAACCAGACCUUCUCCCCGUGCGCCCCCGGGGCACCACGCCCCUCCCGCUAGCGCUAACCAGACCUUCUCCCCCGUGCGCCCCAGGGCACCACGCCCCUCCCGCUAGCGCCAACCAGACCUUCUCCCCUGUGCGCCCCUGGGCACCACACCCCUCCUGAUAGUGCUAACGAGACCUUCUCCUCGUGCGCCCCCAGGGCACCACGUCCCCCCUGCUAGUGCUAACAAAACCUUCUCCCCGUGCGCCCCCGGGAACCUCGCCCCUCCUGCUAGCACCAACCAGACCUUCUCCCCGUGCGCCCCCGGGCACCACGUCCCUCCUGCUAGCGCUAAUGAGACCUUCUCCCCUGUGCGCCCCGGAGGCACCACGCCCCUCCUGCUAGUGCUAACGAGACGUUCUCCUCGUGCGCCCCCCCGGGCACCACGCCCCUCCUGCUAGCGCCAACCAGACCUUCUCCCCGUGCGCCCCCGGGGCACCACGCCCCUCCUGCUAGCGCUAACGAAACCUUCUCCCCGUGCGCCCCCGGGCACCACGCCCCUCCUGCUAGCGCUAACGAGACCUUCUCCCUUGUGCGCCCCCGGGCACCACGUCCCUCCCGCUAGCGCUAACGAGACCUUCUCCCCUGUGCGCCCCCGGGCACCAUGUCCCUCCUGCUAGUGCUAACGAGACCUUCUCCCCUGUGCGCCCCCGGGCACCACGUCCCUCCCGCUAGUGCUAACGAGACCUUCUCCCCAUGCAACCCCAGGGAACCACGUCCCUCCUGCUAGCGCUAACGAGACCUUCUCCCCUGUGCGCCCCCCGGGGCACCACGUCCCUCCUGCUAGUGCUAAUGAGACCUUCUCCCCUGUGCGCCCCCGGGCACCACGUCCCUCCCGCUAGCGCUAACGAGACCUUCUCCCCUGUGCGCCCCCGGGCACCACGCCCCCCCUGCUAGUGCUAACGAGACCUUCUCCCCUGUGCGCCCCGGAGGCACCACGCCCCUCCUGCUAGCGCUAACGAAACCUUCUCCCAGUGCGCCCCCGGGGCACCACGCCCCUCCUGCUAGCGCCAACCGGCCCUUCUUCUCCGUACCCCUCACAAGGCCGCCACAUUCCUCCCACUCGCUACAAUGAGGCCUUCCCUUACUCAUGCCACCGGGUGCCUGCCUGUAUCUCUUCCGCCAGUGAGGUCUUCUACUCACUACAGAUGCCAAUUUCCCUCCUGCUAGUGACAGAUGCGCCUUUUCCAACCCUAUGUCCCUUCAGCUCAGGCCAGGUCUACACUAGGAAAUUAGAUUGGUAUAACUAUGUCACUCUGGGGUGUAAAAAAAUCCCCCCCUCACCCAGCGACGCCAACCUCACCCCCAGCGCAGAGCAGCGCUGUCAGUGGAAGGGCGUCUCCCAUCAACAGAGCUACUGCCCCUCGCGGGGUGGCAUACAAGACAGCUGUACCAGUGCAACUUUUAAAUGUAGACCUGCCCUAAGAUUAACGACACCGCCUCCCCUCUAGGCACAUCAGUCACCAGCGUUACCGCAGCCCCUUCUCCUCAGGGCACUUCACUCGUCAGCAUUAAUAUCAUCCUGCGCGCCUUCCCUGGAGAACUGGCCUGCAUGUGUUUAACCACCCCCCCUCAGGCUCCUCCAGCAGCCCCAGGCCCCAUCGGUCCCAGUCCAGUCCUCAGACGCCUGCCUUCUUGGUGGAGUCACAGCCAAAGGCCUCCCUGCUCUGUAACCUGGCUCUGCAAUAAACCUCCCCCCGUUUUGUA